UGCUAAUGUUGAGGCUGCUGUUGUUGUGAGACGCGAACAGCGAGCCUCGGCAGCUCGGUGCGCCUCGUGCCCUGGAGAUCUCAGCUCUUUGUGUUUUACCGUCAGAUGUCCAAAUAUUUUAUUUUGAAGUUUCACGGAAGUUGCGGCUAUUUUUCGAUCACAUUGACACCGCCGCGGUUCUUAACGUCGACAACGAGCAAGACAACAACAAGACACGCACGAGACCAGCGGGAACCUGUCUCCCUGAGUUCAGAGAUUGGCUGAAGUUCUGCCAUGCCUGUGGCCUCCACCAGGACAGAGCCUGCUCCCCAGGUGUUGGACGCAAUGAGUGACAGCACCACCAGCUCCACCAUCGCCAACGACCUGGACCUCAUCUACCUCAAAGGCAUUAUGGAAAGCCCUUUGGAGCAGGAGGAGAGCCCCAAGGAGCCGAGGCUGUCGCCAGUGAGGGAGAACAACGUGGAGCUCCUGCAGGAGAUCCUAAGGGAUCUGGACCCGUUCAUGCAGCACUCUGACGCCGCCGCUGAGCUGGCCCGCAUCCUCACACAGCCUCACUUCCAGUCUUUACUGGAGACUCAUGAUUCAGUGGCCUCCCAGGCAUGCGAGAGCCAGCCUCCCAGCCCGUGUGACUGUGUUGAUCAUGAACAGGAAGACAGCCAGACGACCAACCCGGCCCUGCCCUCUGAUGCCAUACGCAUGGUUGGCAUACGCAAAGUAGCCGGGGAACAUCUGGGUGUGACAUUCAAAGUGGAAGGUGGAGAGCUGGUUAUCGCCCGCAUCCUCCAUGGAGGGAUUAUUGACCAGCAAGGCCUCCUGCAUGUUGGAGACAUCAUCAAAGAGGUGAACGGGCGAGAUGUGAGCCAGGACCCCAGGGUGCUGCUGGAGGAGCUACAGGCAGCCAGUGGCAUUGUGGUUCUGAAGAUUCUGCCCAGCUACCAUGAGACCAUUCCACCAAGACAGGUGUUUUUCAAGUGUCACUAUGACUACGACCCAGCCAAUGACACCCUGAUUCCUUGUAAGGAAGCAGGCUUAAGGUUUGAGACAGGAGACAUCCUUCAGAUAGUCAACCAAGAUGAUGUCAACUGGUGGCAGGCCCGACAUGUGGAGGGUGGAAGUACAGGGCUGAUCCCCAGUCAGAUGUUGGAGGAGAAAAGAAAAGCUUUUGUGAAGAAGGAUGUGGAGUUGGCACCUGCAGGAAAUCUUUGCACUGGUCUUGGAGUGAAGAAGAAGAAGAAGAUGAUGUAUGUGACCACAAAAAAUGCAGAGUUUGACAGACAUGAAAUCCUGCUGUAUGAGGAGGUGGCCAAGGUUCCACCAUUCAAAAGAAAAACUCUGGUUUUAAUUGGAGCUCAGGGCGUUGGGAGGCGGAGACUAAAGGCCAAGCUGCUGCUGAGGGAUCCGCAGCUCUUCGGCACCACCAUCCCAUACACCUCCAGAAAGCCUAAAAAGGGAGAACGUGAGAGUCGGAUGUACGCUUUCACAAGCCGCAACAAGAUGGAGGCUGACAUCAAGAAUGGCCGUUAUCUUGAAUAUGGAGAAUAUGAAGGCAACUUGUACGGUUUAAAGAUUGACUCCAUCCACGAGGUGGUGGAGGCGGGACGCGUCUGCAUCCUGGACGCCAACCCACAGUCUCUCAAAGUGCUGCGGACCUCGGAGUUCUUGCCCUACGUGGUUUUCCUGCAGUCUCCUGAUUUUGAGGUGCUCAAGUUGAUGAAUCACUCGGCUGUGGAGGCUGGGGUGGUCACAAAGGCCCUGACAGACGAAGAGCUGCAGAGGACAUGUGAUGAGAGUGCUAAAAUCCAGGCUGCCUUUGGUCACUUCUUUGACCUCACCAUCGUCAAUGAGAACCUUGAUGAGACUUAUCGCACCGUCAAAGCAGCUCUGGAAACAGUUUCCAAAAACCCACAGUGGGUCCCAGUCACUUGGGUGUUCUAAGACCUGGGAACUCUGCCCACUUGUUUCAAUUCUCAAGACUCGUGUUUUCAUCAGUUUCAACAGACAUCUGGCAUAUCCUGGACCAAAUGCACCUGGACCACAGCAGGAACUGUGUGUGUAAAGUGUGUGUAGAAUAAAACUGUCAUGAUGUGAGGACUCGGCAUCCUUUGGUACAAUUCCUCUUGCAGAACUUAGUGUGUUGGAUGGUAAAGGCCCGGCUGGCUUCAGGUGCACUAAAGUCUCAAAAAGUUGUUGGAUGAUUUGAAGUCUUCUCAGUAAGACUCUGUGCAUGCACAUGCAUGCGUCUGUGACCCUGAGGACUUCAGAACUUUCUAUUUUUACGUUUUACUUGCAAACUUCAGACAUUUAUUUUUCCAUUGGUUACAUAUCAUAAAGGAGGUCAGACCUUUUGGGGUCAAAAUGUGCCAAGAGAUUCAUUUCAGACAGAAAACAGAUCCUGCCAACUAAUAUCAAAUAUUUUUCCACUUUCUGUUAAUGUACAAAUUGCUUGGACAUUCAUACACAAUAAUGUACCAGACUAACCCUGGCUUAUUUAAAUCAUUUGUUGCUCCAUCAAUCUCCACCACAAAUUCCAAUAUGGCUGCCGCUCAUGUGAACUACAGCCUUAGCAGCAGUAAUAGGCUUUUAUUGAACAAUCAUUAAGUUUUUAGCUGAUUAAGUCAGACAAGCAACAUCUGGUGGUGAACAUAUUGGUGCAGAGAUUAUACAAAACACAGAGAAGCAUGUCGUUAUGCUAACUGAGUGUAGCGGCUAGCGUAUCCCUCUGGUUAGCUCUCCUUCAGAGGCCUUCCAUGCCUCAGCGGGUCAGGGUUGUUUUGUUAGGAAAAGCUGGUAGUCAGACACUGUAUGCCUGUAAUAUAUUUAAGGAUACUGAAUUUCCUAAUGCAGUGUAGCAUUUUUGUAUAUGUUACAGAAGCAGUAAGGUGGUAAAGUCAUUGUGAAAUGUACAUUUUUUCAUUGCAAAAACAGCAGCAGAUGGUCAGAAGCAAUUUUUUUUCUAGUAUAACCCUGCUGUUGAGAUGGAAAUAAAGAAGUUGGAGAUUUUUUUCCAGUAGCUGGACAGACUAUCCUUUACAUGGGAAUUCUAUUAACCCAAAGCAUGUGACAUAAUAUUGUUAAGAUCUUGCAGAUGGUCAGAAUAUACAAAACCGAUUCAUGUAAUUUAAAUAACUGAGGCAUUAGAUGUUGUCAACUCUUCCGUCUGUCUAAAGGGUAAUGAUCUGUGGGUUUUGUGAAACAAAUUUAGCGAACAUAAAACUGCAUUUGAAAGAAACUCUUUCAGUGUGAGUCAGCCGUAAAACUAAUUGAGCCAGUUAAAACAAAUCACAGUCUGAAUGCUUUCAGCCAUCCCAUAAUACUGCCUUACUCUCUGAUUAUGUGACUUUACAAACUGCAACACAACUGCCAAGGACUCAGACCGUAACACAGAUCACCAGAGCAGCAGCAGUUCUGAGAACUGACGUGUUACACAGUUUAGACUCUCUGAUAGAAACCCCCAACGUUAUGCUCCUUAAAAACGCUGCGUCGCUUUAAAACAGUCCCUCAAUCCCAGCUGACACUUUUAUGUUGCACUGAUCCCAAUCUGUUUUACUAGAUCUCCUCUUUUUGUAGAUAGCUUGUAUAUACACAAUGGUAUAAUAGGUAUUUAUAUUGGUUUAAAUGUCCAGAAGGCCAUUUUUAAAUACAUGCUUAUAACCCAUGAGUGUAUAACACAAGAUCUAUGUUGUUCCUUCUCAUGUUCCCACCUCUACUUGCCUUUUUAUCAAAAACCGCGAGUUUCCAGUAAGCAAAUUUAUUUUUGUAAUUUCUAUUUUCACAAUUAUAUGGUCAAUGGAAACGCAGCUUCUGAUCAUGGUUCUGACUGGCAGCUACUGGAUGAUUUUAACGCACAAUGUCGAGUCAUAAACAAAAAAAACUGGUGCUUGUUAAAUACUUGAUAACUACUGAUUGUUACCUGGCAGUGGUGGUUUUAGUUCCUUUUGGGAAGAGAUUUUUAGUUACUAUCUAUGCUUUAGAUCCUAAAUGUUCCUGAAGAACAGACGUUUGUCUGGGAGCUUUUAGGUUCCGAUCACCUGGAAAGUUUGAGAAUAUCUUUAUUGCUCUCCUGAAGACAUUCCAAAACCUCACUCAAUUUUUGAAAAUAAAAUAGAUGCAAUACAGGCAUUUUUUCCUUCAUCUUUAUGAAUGUUGGUACAUCUUAGGACAGAAGCAGUUUUUUUUUAUUCUGAUCUAUAAAACUGAUAAUUCUCUGUAUAAAUAAUUAAAGCAAGAAGUGUCUUCAAAUAUAGGUUUACAGUACAUAUCUCUUCCAGUAUAUCUACUACAUAGUGUAUACAGUGAAGAUGGUAAAAAACAUAUCUGUAUUUGAUAUGAACAACUGAAACAUUCCAUAAUAUUAUGUAAAACUUAUUCAAAAAUGGUGACACGCUGUUAAUAAUUUCUUGACAAUUUGGAUAAAGCAGACAUUGUUUUGUAUUAGAGAUGUGUUGAGCAGCAUUGUAUUGUCAAUUUGCUGUCUAGUAAAGCUUUGAUUUGCUCAUAAAAAUUUAGUGGACUCUGCUUAAGAACUAUAGUAUCAGAAGAUACUACAAACGAUAUUCAAAACAUUUUUUGGUCAAUAUAUUUACCUUGGGAUCAGAGGCAACACUGGGUGAGAGCAGUCCCAAUAAAUGUCGUAUUGUUCUAAAAGAAAGAUCAAAUAGUUAUGGAUUCUUUUCCAUAUUUUAGGAGCCCCUGGGUGGGGAGUGCAGCUAUUGUUAUUUUCCUGUGUGUAGAAAACUGAAAGUUUGUGAUUUCCAAAAGGCUGUCAAUGUUUUCAGAAUCAUAACUUUCCAUAAACAAGGUUGAACGCUCUAAAGGAUAAAGCAGAGCUACUUUGCUGUCCUCCAUUCUCCCUCCUGUUAUCUGCUAGGCCAGAGUCCUCUGUUUUAAACCAAUCAUAUUUAACUAUUUAAUUAUAAACAUGGAUCUGAGGCUCAUUCAAAUGGGAAAGAUGCCCAUUUGAAUUUUCCAGUUGUCUCCUUUCUGCUGUUCCUGGUUUGGUUCAUAUGAAAUUAUUGAACCAUAUUGAAGUCUUGCUCUCACUCUCCCUCUCACAGACAGACAUUAAUUCAAACAUCUUACUGACACUGGAAAUUGCUAACUUGGAUUGUUCUCUCGUUAGCUGUGUUCGCAAAUAAGAAAUUCUAUUUUUGAGUUUCCGACUGGCUGGUCAAACUGGAAAAUCCUCCAUUUCCUGUUGACAACCGAUAUCUCAGUCCAUUUUUAUAACUUUGUAUAGUUCAAAAACUACAAACUGUUACAAGUAUGAUGACUGAAAAACAUAUUUUGUCUUACUGUAAAUGGAAUGCUGGAUUAAGCCUGAUUUAUUUUUUUGUUUAUGUAAUAAUGUAAGCUUUCCAUUAAGUAUGCUUUAAUCUUUUCAGAAUAAAUUAUUGGUUUGAUUUAAA